AUGGUUUUUAUCUGCUUUGUGCAGGCAGAACCCUGGAGCAGAGAGACUUACUUGCUUAGUCAAGUUCUGUGGCAGACUAAGAGAUUUAAGAUGGCGCACUCAGAUGGAGAACCUUCCAAUGAAAAGGCUUUGAGAACCUUUUUCAGUCCCACUGUUUUACCUUCAUCAGUCACAUCUGAUACGUCACCGUUGCAAAAUAAAUUGUUGGCAUACCGAAGAUGCAAUGAGCAACAAAAGAUGCUUAAUCAGUUACUAAUUGAUCGAGCUUUAAAAGCCUAUCGCAUAUCCAUGGAAGAGAAAGAGCACAGAGCUCCUCCACCCCCUAUUCCGGAACUACCUUCCACUACAAACUAUCUCUUUAUGAAGAGUCGUGUGCUAAGUAAUCCAAUGGUUCCCAUUCAGCAACAGUGGCUUAUGUCUCUGCUCUCAUUGGUGCCACAGUCACUUAUGGAAGGCAAAAAUGAAAAGCUGUUAACUGAGCAGCUUUUAGGGGAGAUAAUAAAGGACUAUGAAAUAAGCAUGAGAAGAUUUAUGGUGCGACGUGUUCUUAUUAAACCAGACAUAGAUGGACUUAAAGAUGAGGAGGCACCUUUGCCUUCCCUACCUCUAGGCCUGGACUUUUCUACACCGUGGCGUAAGAGUUUUAUCCAAGCAAAAAAUCAAAUCCUUUCCAACUUGCACAUUGUUCACCCCACAAUGAGAACUCUACUGGACUUCGGUUCUUCAGCGUUCUCUGACUUCCUUCUAGUAGAUUUUUCAAGUUUCAGACAACAAAAGCCAAUUAACUGUGAAAAUCUAAAGGCUUAUGUGUCUUCAAGCUGUUCCCAAGCAGAAGAGAAGAUACUGAAUACAUGGUAUAAAAAUGUUCUCAGUCUCUUUAGUGAGAAUGAGGCAUUGGAUGGUGUAAAGUUGGAUCAGGUUGACUCUUUUUUUAACUGUGUGGCUACACUUAUGUCUAAUCAGCUGAAAGAAUUAUUGGGAAGAACAGUUGAAGAUUUUGUGAAACAUUUUGUUCCUGAAGACGGGAAUUGUCUACCUUUAUUUAAGAUGGAAUUGACUCUUGAUGAAAAUAUAAUGGAGUUUUAUCCAAGCCUCCCCGACUUUGAAGAAGCUAUUCUGUUUGUAGUAAAUCGUGUAGGACAGACUCUCCAGGACGUCCAAACAGUACGUUCUUGGCUAAUGGGAGGAACAGCAACUCUGGACGCUGAGCUUCCUAGUCAUGUCAGGGCAUGGGCCACAUCUACAUUGAUAAACUGUAUCAGAGACAACUUAGAAGGUCCAAAGAAGUAUUUUGAGAGCUAUGUUGAAAGGUAUGGCUGGCUUGUAGAUGGAACUGCACAGGCACGGAUAGAAAGAUUUGAAAAAGAAGAACACAGUUUUGAUGAAUAUGCUGAUUUCAUAGAUGAAUUCUUCACCCUCAAGAAGGAAAUUAUGAGUUUACCCCAGGGGGCUGAUUUCCCUAUGAUCUGCUUGAGUUGUGAGGAUUUAAAGCAAGGUUUGGCUAAUAAGGCGAACACCUUUGCAAACAUGUUAAUGGAUAAAAUAGUUCAGGAUUACAGAGAAGAAAAUGAGAAGAUAUGCAGGGAAUUUGAAACAAUGAAAGAACGUGCAUUAAAAGUUCCUGAGACGACAGAGGAAAUGAUGGAAACAAUAGCUUACAUGGAGAAGUUCAAAACUAAAGGUAUUCGGGACCUGUCGUCAAGGAUCAAGGAGUGCUGUCGGCAAAUGAAUUACUUGUUAGAUGUUUGUAUAUUUUCUUCUGAAGACAUUGCUCUGAAUUCAGCAGUUGUAUUAUGGCCAAGUAGGAUUAACUCUAUUCUUGCGGAGCAUGACAUUCUGUUUGCACGGUCUAAAAGUCGAAAAGAGCAAGCACUAAUACAUAAAUGUGAGAAACUGAUGGUGGAAUUAGACAAGCUGGCACGUUCUGUGGCAGAGUUUGAAGACUACUCAGAACUGGAUUGCAUACAAGAGUAUGUGGCUGACCUGAGAGGUUUACAGAAACGCAUACAGGAGGCUGAUGAAACAGUAGCUCAAAUUAAUAAAGAAGAGGCUCUGCUCAGGUGGAAACCCAGUGAUUAUCCACUCCUCAGCAACUUAAAAACUGAGAUUGAACCAUAUCAGAAACUCUUUCUUCUUAUACUGAGAUGGCAACGAACAGAAAAAAGGUGGAUGGAUGAAGUCUGUUCAGAACAAGAUGUGGAAAGCAUGGAGGCUGAGGUUGAAGAGUUUUAUAGUGAGAUGGACAAAGCAUUAAGACUGUUCCAACAGAAACAGAAGAAAGAUAAGGGCUGUGCAAUCACAUUCGAUGGAUCAGAUAACAAAUUAAAUUGUGCACGUUUGCUGUGA